AUGCAAUAAAUUCAAUAGGGUUAAGCAGAACAUUAAAGUAUAUAGAAGUUACAAUAAUUCUUGCAAGGAUUGAAUAAAUCAAUAAUAAAAUAGGGUGUAUAAGCAAAUUUAUAAACGAUAUCAAAUAAUUUGGAUGCUGCAGCUAACGAAAUAGGAUUCUUAUUGCAAUCAAGAGAUUUAAAUGAAUAUAGUCAUAUAGUGAAUAAAUUAUCGUCAGUUUGGAAAGAAUUAUACAGAACUGUUUCAAAUAGUAAAUUAGUUAAUGAGUUUGAGAAUGAAUCAAGUGAUUAUUAAUAAAAAUUGGAAUUGAUAUCAUAAGCUAAAAGAUAAAUGAAAGAUGGUAUAGGUGAAAUAGGUUAAUUUGGAGGAGUAAGAGUAUCAGCUUAUUAGACACCUUAGACAAAAAAUCAGAUGAAAUAAAUGAGUAGAUAAUAAACAGGUUUACCAUCAAUAUCUGGAUAAACUUAAACAGAAUAUAAACAUAAAACUAAUUAUGAAAUAGAUGAUAAUUAAAGAGAGAUUUUAUAAGAAGUGUUAAGAUAAGGCAAUAAAUUGAAUGUAUAAAUAGUAAUGAAACGUUAUGAUCCAAAAAUAACAUUGAUGUUAAGUGAAGGAACAGAUACUAACUUAGAUAUUUAAGAAGCAAUUAGAGGAUUUAAUAGAGAUUAUUUAGAAAUUAAAUUAUAAGAGAUUACUAAAGAAAAUUUGAAAAAUAUAGAAGAGAUAUAAAAAGUUAUGUAAGAAAAACAUGAAUUCACUUAAGUUAAUGAAUCAUCAGCUACUGAUAAACUAAAAUCAAUUUAUAAAACAAUUUAUACUAAAACAACUGAAAUGGAUUAAUUGAUGAUAGAGGCUUCUAAAUAGGAACCUUAAGUUGCAAAAGAUAUCUUAGAUGAAUUUCUAUAUCAUGUUACACAUAAUUAUAAAGAUAUAUAAUCAGAGACAUUUAAGAUUGUUGCUAAAGUAUUUUAAUAAAUGCAAUAAAAAUAAAAACAGGAUGAAUUAUUAAAAAGCAGAACUCUUUAAGUAUAAUAACCAUAACAUAAAAAAGAUAAAUUAAGUUCAUCAAAGAGAGGUAAUUAAAGUUCAGCUGAUGAAUCUUAAGUAAGUGAUAAAAUAAGAUAAGAAUUAAUAGAGAAGAAAUUGGAAGUUGAUAAAAAGAAUUAAGAGAUAUUUGAAUUAUAAAAUAAAGUUAGACAAGCAGAAACAUAAUAUAUUUAAACAUCUUUAGAAUUAGAAUCAAUGAAAUUAAAUGUAAGUAGAUCAGAAUAAGAGAAAGCUUAAUUAAAUUAUGAAUUUAAGAAAAUGGAAAAAUAAUUAACAUCUUUGAAUUCUAAGAAUUUUUAAGAUUAAGCUAUCUAAUGUACUGAUAUUAAUUAAUAAAAUUUAAUUUCAAAAUUAUAAAAAGAUAAUUAAUAAUUUUAACAAAAAGUAUAUUAGCUUAAAAAUGAAUUAAAUAAAAUUAGUCCAAGUUCAGGAAGGGAAUUAAAAUAACAGAAUACAGAAUUUUAAGAUAAAAGUGAUGAUUAAAAUAUUUAAAAUUCAUAAGUUGGAACACCUAGAUAAACUAGUAGAUAUAAAUCUGCUUAAGAUUUUGAAAAUUAAUAAUAUGAAGAUGGUUUCUCAAUUGAUUAAAGAUUAGAUUCUUCUUAGCAAAUAUAUAAAAAUAGUGAAGUAUCAAAUAGAGAAAGAUUAGAUGAUAUGGGAUUUGAAAGAUCUCCAACACAUUCUAAUACUGUUAAAGCAACUUUAAAAAAUAAAACUUCAACUUUAGUUGAAACAAGAUAAACUAAUAGUCCUUUAUCUAAUUCUGAAAGAUCUGUUAAAGUAUCUUUAUAAACAAGUUAAACCAAUUUUAAUCCAAAAAAGAAAAAAUAAAAAUCUAUUCUUAAAAUAGAAGAGGAAGAUUCUACAUUAAAUUAAUCUGCUGAAUUACAAAAAUAAAAAAUUAAAAAGCAAGCUUUCUCUAACAAAGUGACUAGAAGAUAAACUACUUUAGAAGUAGCAUCUAAAGAUUUUUUUAAAAAUUAAAAUUCAAUUAAAGAAUAAGAUGAAUCAUAAGCAGCUACUAAUUUUGAAACUUAAAGAACAUAAUCUGGAUAAGCUAUUAAUAAACCGAAAAGAAUUAAAUCAGUAGAUAAAAAGAAUAAUGUUAAUGGAAGGAGAAUCUAAACAGAGGGUUAAGAACAAUUUUAAGAAAGCGAAGAUAGUGAAUCAGAAAAUGGAAAUUCUAAAGUUAAGUUUUCAAGAAGUACUACAUAAAGAGAUUAAAAAAAAUUGACUAUUAAGAAAGUAUAAUAAUAAACAUCAAGUAAAAAUGUAUAAGUAAAAAAAUCUAUUGAUAUUUAAAUGAUUGCAACUGUUGAAGAAAUUCCUUCUAAUAUUACAUCCUAAUAAAGUUUAGAUAAAUUUAGCUUAAAAUAAUAAAAUACUAUUGAAGAAACAGAUUAAUAAUUAAGACAUAAAAAAGAUUAAUUAAAAUUUAAUGGAAGCUCUCCUAUAAAAAGAUCCAGUACAUCAGUACCAUAAUAGUUAUAGAUGAUUAUCAAGUUGAAUGAUGAAGAUUAACAAUAAUUUACAACCUACUGGCAUCAAAGUAUUUACUAUUAUAUAUGUAUAUUUAGGACAUAUUGAUUAAGAAACAUAGACUGAAAAUUAGUUAUUGAUGUAAUUAAUAUAAAGUACAAUCUCUUAAUUAGAUCUUCCUAUGAAUAUUAAAUAAAAUAUGAUCUAACAAUUACCAAAGAAAUUAGAAACUGCUGUUGCUAUUGCAUUGAAUCAAAGUUAAAUUAUACAUUAAACUGGAAAUUUAAGCUCAGAAUAUUUAUAAUAAUUAGAAAUUACAUCUCCUCAUAGUUCUCGCUUAUCAUAAGAAUCAUUUAGAUAAAAACAAAUUAAAAAUUAAAGAUCACUUGAUUCUUAAGGCAAAUAAAAAUUAUAAUCUUUAUUAGAUUUGAAUUAAUUUGAACCUCCUUUAACUAAAACAAGUUUAGAUAGUAAAAUAGGUUAGUUAACUUAAAAGAAUUCAAUUGAAAUUGCUGAUCAAGCAAAUUCUGAAAAAAGUGAAAUUUUCUUGAAAUCUAAAGGAGAAUUAGAAAAAUAGUUUUUAUAAUAAUAAGAAUAAGUUUUAAGAAUGGAAGAAUUUAUGAAAUCUGAAGAUGAAGAUUUGGGAUAUGAAGAAUUAGCAAAAUAAAUUAUAGCAAAUGAGAAUGCUGGUUAACCUUUAGAAUAAUUUAAAUAAAAUGAUCUAUAAUCAGAAAAUUUUAUGAAAAGACUCCAUAAUAGUAUGACCAAUUAAAAAACUAAAGGAGCUACAGCUAUUUAAGAUAUGUUAAAACGUUUCUAUAAAAAGAAUCCUAAAGAUUAAAUCACUUUUCAAGAAUUUAAAGGAUUUUAUUAAAAAGUGUUUGCAACUCAUAAAUAAUGUGGAUUUAAUAUUGUUUGCAGUCAUUUACAAAGAUUUAUUAUGAAAUUAGGAUUUACUUGUACACUUUUUUCUAAAAGGAAAGUAUUCAUUUUUUUAAUUUAUUUUAGUUAUUAAAAACUUCUCUAUCCAUUCUUAAACCAUUUAACCCUUUGCAUGAAACAAAACAAAAAUUGGUCAAUUAAUCAGCUACUAAUUAGAAUUCAUCUAAAUUCUAAACUAAUUAACAUUUUUCUGUUGAUUAAUGA